AUGUCCAUGGCCGCCGCAGCAGCAGCGAUCGUGGCGGUGCUCGUGGCCGCGUUAAUGGCACGAGCGUUGUCGGCGGCGUCGGCAGCAGGAAGAGUCUGGGUCGACGAGGAGAAGGGAGCACAUAACGGCACGGCGAGAAGACAGGUCACGUACGACGGCAGAAGCCUGAUGCUGGACGGCGCCAGGAGGAUGCUCUUCUCCGGCGACAUACAUUACCCAAGGAGCACGCCUGAGAUGUGGCCGAGACUCAUAGAGAGCGCCAGGGAAGGUGGCCUGGAUGUCAUACAGACAUACGUCUUCUGGAAUGUCCAUGAGCCUAUACAGGGUCAGUACAACUUCGAAGGAAGAUACGAUCUUGUGAAGUUCAUCAGAGAAAUCCAUGCCCAAGGCCUCUAUGUGAGCCUCCGUGUCGGCCCCUUCGUCGAGGCAGAAUGGAAAUACGGAGGCUUGCCAUUUUGGUUGCGUGGUGUCCCAAACAUUACCUUCAGAUGCAACAAUGAACCCUACAAGGUACAUAUGCAAAAAUUUGUUGCUAAAAUUGUUAACAUGAUGAAGGAUGAAAAAUUAUACUAUCCACAAGGAGGUCCCAUAAUCAUAUCACAGAUUGAGAACGAAUAUAAGCUAGUCGAGGCAGCAUUUCGUUCAAGGGGACCACCUUAUGUUCGCUGGGCAGCGGCAAUGGCUGUAAACCUCCAGACAGGCAUUCCAUGGAUGAUGUGCAAACAGGACGAUGCUCCAGAUCCAAUCAUUAAUACAUGCAACGGGCUCAUCUGCGGGGAAACAUUUCAUGGGCCAAAUUCGCAUAACAAGCCAGCUUUAUGGACCGAAAACUGGACAUCUCGCUAUCCUUUAUAUGGUCAUGACCCAAGAUUCAGAUCACCAGCAGAUAUUGCCUUCGCAGUUGCACUUUUUAUAGCAAGAAAAAAAGGAAGCUUUGUAAGCUACUAUAUGUAUCAUGGCGGGACAAACUUUGGGAGGUUUGCAUCCUCCUAUGUAACAACAAGCUACUAUGAUGGAGCUCCACUUGAUGAAUAUGGUUUAAUAUGGCAAUCGACAUGGUCUCAUCUCAGAGAAUUGCAUGCUGCAAUCAAGCAAUCUGAAGAACCACUACUUUCAGGAGCAUAUUCUAAUUACUCAUUUGGUGAGCAACAAGAGGGGCAUGUUUUUAAAACCGAGUCCAACUGUGUGGCUUUCCUAGUGAACUUGGACAAGCAUAAAGCAUCAAAUAUCCAAUUUGGUGAAGCAUCAUUCCAGCUAGCUCCUAAAUCAAUAAGUAUCCUCUCAAGUUGCAGGAGGGUAGUAUUUGAAACAGCCAAGAUAAAUGCACAGCAUGGUUUAAGAACAGCACAAGCAGUCCAGUCUCUGAACAAUGUUGAUAGCUGGAAAGUAUUCAAAGAACCGAUUCCUCUGGCGAUAAACAACAGUACACACAUUGGAAAUCGAUUUUUUGAACAUCUCUCAACUACAAAAGAUGAGACAGAUUAUCUCUGGUACCUUACUAGAUAUGAUUAUAGAUCAAGUGGGAAUAGCCAGCUAGUGCUUAAUGUGGAGUCACAAGCCCAUGUUUUACAUGCUUACAUCAACAAUGAUUAUGCAGGUACUGUGCAUGGGAGUCACGAUGGACCUAGAAAUAUUGUUCUCAAGACACCUAUUACACUAAGGGAAGGACAAAACUCCAUUUCACUGCUUAGUGUCAUGGUUGGAUCACCGGACUCGGGGGCAUACAUGGAGCGAAGAAUCUUCGGAGUUCGUAAAGUGAGCAUACAACAAGGACACCACAAAUCACGUUCUCUGAAUAAUGAGCUGUGGAAACACCAAAUUGGCUUAUCUGGAGAAAUGAACCAUAUAUACACGCGGGAAGGAUCAUCUCGUGCUCAAUGGACUGCCAUCAAUAAGUCCAUGCACCUUCCACUUAUCUGGUACAAGACGACAUUUGACACACCAUGGGGGAAUGACCCAGUCACGCUGAACCUCAGUAGUAUGGGCAAGGGUGAGGUGUGGGUCAAUGGAGAGAGCAUCGGACGGUAUUGGGCCUCCUUCAAAACCCCUAGCGGACAGCCAUCCCAGUCCUUGUACCACAUACCACAAUACUUUAUGAAGCCUAGAGAGAACACCCUCGUCCUCAUGGAGGAAAUUGGUGGUGAUCCGCUACAGAUAACUGUGAACACAGUUUCAGUUACCAGAGUAUACAGUAGUGUGAAUGAGUUAUCUACCCCGUCACUGUUGUCACGCAGAAAGCACCCAGCAGUUCGACUCCGGUGUCAGCAAGGCAAACGCAUCACGGAUAUUGAGUUUGCGAGCUACGGAAAUCCGGUCGAGGACUGCAGAAGCUCCAGCAGGAGCUGCCUCGGGAGUUGCCACGCAGAGACGACGGAGUUUGUCGUAAAGGAUGCUUGCCUAGGCAGAAGGAAGUGCGCAAUUCCGGUACGGCCUGCCAAGUUUGGAGGCGACCCGUGCCCUGGGAUCGAAAAAACACUUUCAGUUGUGGCAAGCUGCGGAUGA